AAUAUGCAAUAUUUAUAUAAAUUUUUCAAGUACAUAAAUAUUGUAUAAGUUGAAAUACCAAUCGGCGGCUCUGCUUAUCUGCUUAUGGCUCGUCUCUCUAACAUUCUGUUAGUAAUAAAAGGUGUGGACGCGCUAAAUACAUUCGCAGAAGUAAUAUUGUUUAACGUGUCACAUCAUGAAUUUAAUUCCAUGCUUUUUAAAUUGCUUACCCCACGUCACCUUACCACAGGUGCUUCUCAAUCAAUAAGGUAUAAACACUCCAUUCAACAAUGAAUUAUGUUCAUGAAACCAAGUAGAAAUUCAGAAAAACAACAGUGAAAUAUACAUAAUUUAAUUUCCGAAAUGAAUACGUAUUUGACAUUCUGCCUCUCCUCUUGGCACGAGAAAUGCAUUUUUAAUUUUUGCAUUUUUUUCCCUUUCCAAAACAACACGUAUGUGUAUGCAUGUGUGUGUGUGCGCGCGCGCGUGCGCGCGUUAGCGUGGGCAUAAUUUAUGCGCUAUGAUCAUUAUUUGCCAGAUUGCAGUCGUUAUUUUUCGUUUUUUUCGUAAGCGCACGCUAUAUAUUUUUGCAACAACUAUAGUAUUGUUAGAAAAUGAAAGAAUUCAAAACCACAUUUACUACCCUCUUGUAGCCUACGUUUGAUGUAAAUGCAAACGUUUAAACCUAUAAAUUUGCUUAUAAAUUACCGACAUCAAAACGAUAAAACAAAUAUAAGCACACAUUAUGCUGGACUUCAGGAUAAUUUAGCGAACUUAUUAUGCUGAACACAACAAAAUCACAGGUAAACAAAAAAAUAUAUAUCACGAAGAAUCAACUGACGUCAUGGCUUAUCUCCCAUAUACAGAUAACUUUCACUCUGUGAGGCACAUAAUAUAGAUUUCCAAUAACCAAUAGCUUGAAUGCCUUCUUUGCAAAGAAAAGGUAUAUGUGUGCGUUAAUUUGUGCAGUAUGUUCGCAUUAUAAAAUAUUUAAUCGGUUUACUUUUAAGUAAGCGUAUGGUAUAUUGUUAUUUUUCGGAAUUGUACAAACAAUUUUAAUUUACGAAAGCAUAACUAUAUUCUACUGAAUAACCGCGUGGUUUCUUUGGUAUCUUAGUUAGUCAACUGCCCAACUGAGAGUUUCCUUUCUGUCAACGUCAAUACCAAAUACAUCUAUCUGCCAAUGGGCGCAAAUGAAAUUUGUCAACACAUUGGGUUAUUUUACGCCGUACACUGUUGUACGUUAUAUUAACCUUUUUGGUGGAGAAUGGACUUGAACGACGGCAGCGAAUGCCUGCAGAACACGCUAUAGCACACGAAAGACAAACAUUAAAAGGUCUUAACAAAAAGGAUAUUAUUACUGCAUCACUCUUGAUUUACCUGCAUCAGUAUUCUGUACAUAUUUAAUCGCAAUAUCUAAUUUAUUUCAAACAAAAGUAUGAUAUUGCGUUUACUUAAAAUGCAGCCCAGAGUGAAAGGCUAUAGCCUAUUUGAAUAAAGUGCAGAACGACGCAGCUACAUUGACAAUCGAUACACGUCUUCUUUUCGGCCCUAAGCACAAACCGGGCAAAUUCCAACCGAAUCCAAAUGUUGCUGAAUCGGGAUAUUCCGAUUUUAGUUUAUCAUACUUCAUUAUCUUAAUUGCGUCACAACAGAAAAUCGGAUUUUCUGUGGGAGUUGGUAUUUCAGGCAAAAUCAGAAAGCUGAAUAAAACAAGAAUUUAUUUUCUAUAUAUACGAGUAAAUACACACGUAAAAUAUCAGAAUGUCUCCUCGGACACGUCUAUUACUACUAUAAUGCAGUCGCGAGCUGUUAAGAGUAUAGGCCUUGCGUAGGCCUAGAUUUAACAGAAAAGCAUUUCGCCCAAAAAGAACAUUAUACAUUCAUUCAUUACAAGCAGCAAGCGGGUAUAUGGAAAGUGGAACACUUCUCCUGCUUACAUGGAAAGUAAUACACCUGCAAAGUAAACAAUCAUAAGCCACGCACAGCUACACCAAUUUAACGUGGGUCGCAACAUUUGUAUUUAUCUGUUACUUGCAUUUGUUCAGCUUCACUCCACAUUAACAUAUCACAAAAUAUAUUAGAGCUCUUUCAUUACAUACUUUUAAAAUAAUAAUAGGCUAUUACAAUUUUCUGCUUUACCAACAACUUUAGUCAAAACUUAAAUCAAGGCCAGUAAUGAAUAAACAUCAAGUCCCAAAUUCCAGUCUUAUCUAUUAUUUUGCAUAUAUUUUUCUUUCGUUGUUUUUCCAGAUACAGCGGAUUGCAAUUCGUAUAGGAUACGAAUAACUCGGACUUAGUUUUUAUUAACGACACGUUUAUGAACAAUCAAAUGACCCUCGUAAAAAAUUUAUUGAUGGACAUAAAAACACAAGCGACCCGUCGCAGAAUAUACAGGUUUUGGAUGGGAAUGUUUACAAUCCUCUCAGUACCACCUCCCCAAAAUUCGGUUCAACCUUUCUUGUUUUAAUAAAUAAGGAAUCUUAUGCUAAAUUCAGGAUGGAAUAACUGCUUUUCUUCGUACCUUUGCGCCUGGGUCAAGCGUAAGCGAAAAACCGCAUAAAUCUGACGUCAGCAAACCUUUUCUUAAAUGUCCGAAAUUACAUCUAACACAGUUAUCAAAGGAAGCAUAAGAAGUUCAACAGAGCAUAAAAGACUUCGGUCGACAGAGAUUAAUUACAUCAACAAAUAGUGCCAGUUGUAAACGUACCUCCUGCUUCAGUACGGAAGUGAAAUCCCUAGUUUUUAUGUUUAUUGCGAGCACGGCAUAGAUACAUUUCAGCACUGAAGCAUUAAGUUACUUCCUGUAGAAAUGAAAGUCAUGAAAUAAAUCCCAGUUGAAGCCCCGUAGUGCAUCACCUUCGCUGAGAGAAUCGCGCAUUGAUCCAGUGUACAAUUUUUCGGGUAAAUAUAAUCACGUGUUUCACAGGCAGCCAAUGGGCGCAAAAGAAGUCCAUGGAAAUAAUUACCUGGCGUGAUUGUUCUAUGGGCAGAUAAAAAGUACACCUACAGUCCAUAUAAUAAUCGAAUGCAUGUAAAACAGAGAACGGGCUUUAUCAUGUCGACCACGGGUCCAAUAAGCAAUUAUUACGUGGAUUCCUUGAUAAACCAUGAAAGCGAGGAUGUGCUGGCGACUCGAUUCUCCACUCCUGAAUUGCUACCCUCCGGCUCCCGUGCUGCACCCUUAGUACCAGAGUGUACCGACUUUCCUUCCUGCAGCUUCGCUCCAAAAUCUCCAGUCUUUACUACGUCUUGGGGCCCAGUUCAUUCGCAAACCUCAGUGGUUUACCACCCGUACACUCACCAGGCUCACUUGGGGACGGACUCCAGGUACGUGCGCUCUUGGCUGGAGCCUAUUUCAGCGCCUGUAUCCUUCCCCGGCUAUCCGGCAAACAACAGACCCUAUGGGUUGAAACCUGACGCCAUCCCAGAACGAAGAGCCGGGGACUGCCUGGCCUCCAGCGGACGCGCUUUUUCCGAGUAUCCUUACGGCUGCUCUGCCGAUACGCGAGAUAAGACGCAGCAUAACGUUCUGUCUCCGGUGUCGGAUAUUGUGGCUUCUGAAAAACAUAAAGACGACAAACCCGACUUAGAUCCGAAUAAUCCUGUGGCGAAUUGGAUCCAUGCACGUUCCACUAGGAAGAAACGUUGUCCUUACACGAAAUACCAGACUCUCGAACUUGAAAAGGAGUUUCUUUUCAAUAUGUACCUUACCAGGGACCGACGGUACGAAGUGGCGCGAGUCCUAAAUCUAACGGAGCGUCAAGUUAAAAUCUGGUUCCAGAAUCGACGAAUGAAGAUGAAGAAACUGAAUAAAGAAAAGACUGAUAGCAAUGAACAAUAAUGGGAAACGGUCGACGUAAAAAGGACAAAGAGAAACUCUCGCAAAAUACUUAUAGCGUCUUACCAUAUUGUCCUUUCACAUUUCCAGUUAAAUGUUUGAUUUUCAGUGUAACUGUAUUACAGUCUGACGCAUUUUUAUUAUGUAAACUCCCGAUGUGCUAUUUGAGUUUUAAUUUUUAACAGUGUAUGAGUGCCUGUGUCUGUUUGUGUUCUUGUGUAUUUGUGUAGAACGAAAACAAAAAGGUCACGUUCCUUAUUCAUAUACAACCAGAGAAAAUUACUUGAAAUUAUACAUAUAUUUUUUCUGUUGAUUUGUAAUUUAUGAAUGCCUUGCGUGUAUUUGUAGUUAUGGCUGUUUACUUUUAGAUUAAUAUACGUGUUAAAGGCUUUCUAUCGUGAGUUGAGUAAUAUGACAAGAAAAACAGGGAUAUUUGUCUAUAAGGCUACGUGUAAAUAAAUUUAAUGCACCACGGUGAA